CAACAUCGUCUUUCUCCUUCCCCACCUUCUCCCAUCAUAACACCUUGCCUUCUUUGCCUUCCAAGAAGGAAUCGAAUGAUCGCAAAACCCCUCCACUGCCGAGCAACUUCUCGAGCUCUCUCCUUUCGCACGUUAAUAUGAGCGAUAACCACUGACGAUUCUCCUGUCAGAUCAUCUUUUCCCCUUUUGUGGAAUCAUCCGUUUUGCCAAGUCCUGAUCGCCAAAAUGCAGAUUCUGAGAAGGGUCGCCGUUCUUUUCCUGGUGCAGACGAUGGCGAUCGCUUCCAUCGGCGUAGCCGAAGAAGGAGGAGGAGCGCCGGCGGGCUGCGCGGAAGCGGACAGAACCGCUCUCCUGAGCUUCAAGGCCAAGAUCUUGAAGGACACUUCGGGGAACCUCGACUCUUGGACGGGGACCAAUUGCUGCGAGGACUGGGAGGGCGUCCAGUGCGGCCCUUCCGGGAGGGUCACUGGGCUGGUGCUUCAGGGAUCGGUCGAGGACAGUGGCCUCUACAUGAGUGGCACUCUGUCGCCUUCCUUGGGCGACUUGCUGUUCUUGGAGGUUUUGGUGAUCUCCGGGACGAAGCACAUCGCGGGGACGAUCCCCGAGAGCCUCUCGAAGCUGCCCCGCCUCGCUCAGUUGGUCCUCGAGUACAAUUCUCUCGAAGGGAUCAUCCCUCCAGCCCUCGGGCAAUUGUCAUCGCUCAAGGCCCUUUCGCUGACGGGCAACCGGUUCCGGGGCCAGAUACCUCCGAGCUUGGGGAAUCUCAGGAAUCUUGUUCAGCUGAAUUUGGCUAGGAAUUUCCUCGCCGGUCCGAUACCGCCCAUUCUCAGGAACCUUCAGAGAUUGCAGUUUCUUGAUCUCAGCUUCAACUCGUUAUCGGGGUCGGUCCCGGAAUUUUCGGGGCCAUUCCCGAACCUUACCAAUGUUGACCUCUCUAACAACCAACUGUCGGGCCAAAUACCGAUUUCAUUGCUUAGUUUGCCGAGCAUUUCGGCCCUGUCCUUGAGCCACAAUCUGCUCACGGGCAAAAUCCCAGACCAGAUUGGCAAUCUGAAAUCUCUUGCACAGCUUCAGUUUGCUGGCAACAGAAUCUCGGGGCAAAUACCGGCUUCCCUUUCGAAAUUGACUAAUCUCUGGUCCCUUAACUUGUCCAGGAAUGAGCUCUCCAACCCUUUACCUAAUUCCCUUAGCCAAGGAAUCCCUUCUCUGUCGACAGUCGAUCUUUCAUACAACAACCUCGCUUUAGGGACGGUUCCUGGUUGGAUCGCGAACAGACCAUUGUAUGAUGUCCGCCUCGCCGGCUGUAAACUCAGAGGAAACCUACCGGUUUUCACUAAACCGGAUUCCUUGAGCUACGUAGACCUAUCCGACAAUUACUUCACAGGUGGUAUCUCAAGUUUUCUGGGAAAUAUUCCCAGUCUAAGUGAUGUUAAGCUGGGGAACAAUCAGCUCAGCUUUGACCUUACGGGUAUCAAACUACCAGAUGGGCUACUCUCUCUCGAUCUUCACUCCAAUCGCCUAACUGGGUCACUCGCUGCAAUAUCGAGCAACAAGACAAGCAGCUCCUUGAAGGCUAUUGACGUUACCAACAAUCAAUUAUCAGGCGCUAUUCCCGAAUUUGGAGAGGGUUCGAACCUGAAGGUGCUCAACAUUGGAAGCAACCGAAUCACAGGCCACAUCCCGGCUUCGAUCUCAAACCUGGUUGGACUCGAAAGAUUGGAUAUUUCAAGGAACCAGAUAAGCGGAACCAUCCCUCCGGGUUUGGGUCAAUUGGGUAAUCUCCAGUGGCUCGAUCUGUCUAUCAAUGCACUCACGGGAAGAAUCCCCAGUAGCUUUGUGGGGUUGAGACUCGUUCACCAUGCAAAUUUCAGGGCGAACAGGCUAUGUGGACAGAUACCACAAGUGAGGCCUUUCAACGUUUUUCCACCCGUGGCUUAUGCCCACAACCUGUGCUUAUGCGGCAAGCCCUUGCCACCUUGUAGGAGAAUCGGCAAACUGGGGCAGUAAGAUGCCAACCGAAUUGUCUGAUUAGAUCAAUGCUCACGCCAUGUGAGCAUAUAUAUCCGUAUAGGAUCAGUAGAGGGAAGAAGAUUGGUCAUUCUUCUCCGGCUCUUCCAUUUUUUAAAUCGUUGUAACCAUAGAAGUUAGCUAUUCAAUAAUUUCAUCUGUCUUCUACUCGAA